AUGGCUGAAGGUGGAGUUUUACUGGAUCAGGACCAGUUCAGCUGUUCAAUCUGCCUGGAUCUACUGAAGGAUCCGGUGACUAUUCCCUGUGGACACAGUUACUGUUUUGGCUGUAUUAAGGACUACUGGGUUCAGAAUGAUCAAACUGGUGUCUAUAGCUGUCCCCAGUGUAGAGAGACCUUCACUCCAAAGCCUGUUUUAAGAAAAAACACCAUGCUGGCUGAAGUGGUGGAGAAACUGAAUAAGACAGGACUCCAAGCUGCUCUUCCUGCUCACUGUUACACUGGACCUGGAGACGUGGUGUGUGAUGUCUGCACUGGGGAAAAGGGCAAAGCCGUCAAGUCCUGUCUGGUGUGCCUGGCCUCUUACUGUGAAACUCACCUCGAACUUCAUGAUGAACUCAACCCAGGUAAGAGACACAAGCUGACUGAUGCCUCUGGAAACCUGCAGGAGAAGAUCUGCUCUCGUCAUGACAAACUGCUGGAGAUUUACUGUCAGACUGAUCAGCAGUGUAUCUGUUAUCUGUGUACAAUGGAUGAACACAGAGGCCAUAAAACAGUCUCAGCUGCAGCAGAAUGGACUGAGAAACAGAAGCAGCUGGGGGUGACACGGGGUGAAUUCCAGCAGAGAAUCCAGGAGAGAGAGAAGGAGCUGCAGGAUCUGAGACAGGUUGUGCAGUCACUCAAGCGCUCUGCACAGGCAGCAGUGGAGGACAGUGAGAGGAUCUUUACUGAGCUGAUCCGCUCCAUUGAGAGAAGGUGCUCUGAGAUGAAACAGCAUAUCAGAGAUCAGGAGAAGGCUGAAGUGAGUCGGGCUGAUGGACUCCUGGAGCGACUGGAGCAGGAGAUUGCUGAGCUGAGGAGGAGAGACGCUGAGCUGGAGCAGCUUUCACACACAGAGGAUCACAUCCAUUUCCUCCUGAGCUGUCAGUCUCUCUGUGUCCCUCCUGGACCUGAAGACUUUCCCAGCUUCACAGUGAGCCCACAUGUCGAUUUUGAGGCUGUGAGGAAAUCUGUCUCUGAACUGAAAGAGCAACUAGAGGACUUCUACAAUGGGGAAUUCAGCAAAAUCUCUCAAACAGUGAAAGACGUCCAUAUCCUCGAGCCCAGGACCAGAGAGGACUUCUUACAAUAUUCCUGUCAGCUCACACUGGACCCCAACACAGCACAUAAACGCCUCUGCCUGUCUGAGGGGGACAGAAAGGUGACCCAUAUGAAAGUGAUCCAGUCAUAUCCAAAUCACCCAGAGAGAUUUGACUCCUGGGAGCAUGUGCUGUCCAGAGAGGGUCUGUCUGGAUGCUGUUACUGGGAGGCUGAGUGGAGUGGGGAUGGGGUUACUUUUGCAAUGUCAUACAAAGACAUCCGUAGGAAAGGGGAGGGUGAUGACUCUCAUCUGGGAUAUAAUAACAAGUCCUGGACUGUAUACUGCUCUCCCUCCAGAUUCUCUUUCACCCACAAUAGAAUGAGCACUGAAAUCCCUGUUCCUUCCUCGUCCUCCAGAAUAGGAGUGUACCUGGAUCACAGGGCAGGAACUCUGUCCUUCUACAGCGUCUCUGACACAAUGACCCUCCUGCACAGAUUCCAGUCCACAUUCACUCAGCCCCUCUAUGCUGGUUUUAGGGUUUGUCGUCUUGGAGCCUCUGUAAAACUGUGAUCUGUGAGGAGGCAGAGAGGGAAGGAAAGAUCAGAAUACUAGUGUACCUGCCCCCCCCCCAAACACACACACACACGCACACUGUAGUCAGAACAGCAGAAACCCUGCCCAUCUCCCCACUGCAGUCAGAACAGCAGAAACCCUGCCCAUCUCCCCACUGCAGUCAGAACAGCAGAAACCCUGCCCA